GCGGCCCACUCAUUGGUCCGAGACGCAAUUUCUUCUCUCGUAGCUUUUUGAUUUUGAUUCCGGUUUCUGGAUUCAUCUAGAAUAUCUGAGAAAGUGCCCCUCUCCUUCCACCUGUUCUUUCUUCUCUCUCCUGAAGCUCUUCACUUGCUCUGUGCUCAAAAUUUUAAAAAGCCUCGCGACAAUCUCUAUAGCCACAGUUCGUCAUCUUCAUUCAAGAAUUUCAACUCGCAUCAUCCUAACUUUUUCGUUCUCUCGAAUUCAGUAGAUUUCAAUUUUCCUCUGAAGGCGUUGUUCGCCGUUUGACAAAAAAAAACAUGGCGGGAUACGAUUGCUUGCCGAUGAAGAUGAAGAGGAAGGAGAUUGACCGAGUGAACGACGAGUUCUCGGAUUUUUCCCUCUCUUCUCCUGCCAGGAAGAUUCGCCGACUGGAUUUGGAUUUGCCACCGAUUAUGGAGGAAGAAGUUGAUUUGCCGCCGGUUAUGGAGGAAGAGGAGAUCCAGUCUGCUCCGGCGAAUGAAGAGAGAGCAAUUGUUCUUUUCAAGCCUCUCCAACACUACUCACCUCAACUUUUUGUUGAUAGAAGCUUGAUUUCAGAAUUCAAUAAUAGAUUUCUUCACGAUGCAGCUGAUGAUCUCUAUGAUGAAGAUGAUAGAAGAAAGAAGAACCAAGCUGUUGUUCCAUGGAACCCAUCUCAGUUGCAGCUCCUGGGAUCCUGGGAACCGCCCAAGCCAGAGAUUGUUGAGUUGGAUGAGACAUGGAGCCAAUCUCUUAAGAUAAUACAUUUCCUGAGAGACCUAGGCUCAGAAUUAACGACGUUUCAGCUGCACCCUUCAGGCCACCCUAUCAAUCCUGACUUCCUGAGCUAUUUCUUGUUCUUGAGCAAACUAAAGGAAGCAACAACAACAGAAACUUGGAUGAACACGGAACUUGGA